AUGAGCAAAAAAAUAAGUUGGGCGACAAAAAAAAUAAGUGAAAAAAUAAGUGAAAGGAAAUGGGAGAAACGAUGGAGAGGGGCGGAAGGGAUGGGGAAAACAAUGGAGAGGGGCGGAAGGGAUGAGCGAAAAAAUAAAGAAGGGCGGAAGGGAUGGGGGAAACAAUGGGGUGACAAAAAAAUAAGCGAAAAAAUAAGUGAAGGGGAUGGGAGAAACAAUGAAGAGGGGCAGAAGGGAUGGGGAAACAAUGGAGAGGGGCAGAAGGGAUGGGAAAACAAUGGAGAGGGGCAGAAGGGAUGGAGAAACAAUGGAGAGGGGCAGAAGGGAUGA